UGUGUCUAUGGUUUCUCUUAGCAGAAGUAUGGCGAACUCAACCGUCCUUCUUGUGCGCUCUUUGAUUUCCCCGAGGCUAUUACGAAGCCGUUUUCAAAGCCUUCGUCUAUCUGAAAGAAUCGUUCAAUUGCAAAAACGAUCUUAUUCAAAUGUCUUCACGCGAAUUGAACAGGCGCCUCACUCAUCUUAUUUGAGUGGCGCGCUUUGUUGCAGUUUCCGUUCGUCCGCAGGCAUUGUGAAGAGCGAUCACACAGUUGAUGUACCAGAGAUAUCCCUCAGUGAUUUCGUGCUCAACAAGUUCAAAGAAUAUGGAGACGAUACUGCAGUGAUAGAUGGAGCCUCAGAGAAAUCCUACACUUACAGUGAACUCUGUACAUCAGUGAAAAAGUUUGCUUCAGCACUAACAAGAAGGGGUUUUCAGAAAGGAGAUGUUUUUGCUCUCUACCUUCCAAAUGUGCCAGAGUAUCCUGUUUCAUUUUUCGGAGUUAUCGCUGCUGGUGGUACAGUUACAACUUUAAAUCCUACUUUCACUGAAAAGGAGAUUGCUUACCAGCUUAAGAACUCUGCUGCCAAAUAUAUUCUGACUGUGCCUGAGAUUGCAGACAGAGCUAGACAAGCUGCAACAGAGGUAGGAAUUAAGGAAGUGUUUGUUAUUGGUGAAGCAGAGGGGUGUGAACCAUGGGCAUCUCUUCUCAGUGAUGAUGGAAUGGCCUUUCCAGACAAUGUUGCAAUUAAUCCAAAAGAAGAUAUCUGUGCUAUGCCGUACUCUAGUGGUACCACAGGUUUCCCUAAAGGAGUUAUGCUCACACAUCACAACAUAGUCUCACAGUUGUGUAUUAUCAUGCAUGAGAAUUUUAUGCCUCAACCACGGCGAGGAACUACCCUUGGACUUCUGCCAUUUUUCCACAUAUUUGGCAUGGUGGUGGUAAUGUCACAAUAUCUUUACCGUGGAGGGAAACUUGUCUGCAUGCAGAAAUUUGAGGGAGAGCACAUGCUAAAGCUUGUACAAGAUUGCAAGAUACAUGUUUUGUUUCUUGUGCCGCCAAUUGUUACAUUCUUGGCCAAGCAUCCAUUGGUGGAUAACUAUGACCUAACCAGUGUUGAUACCAUCAUAAGCGGUGCUGCACCUCUAGGAGCAGAACUUACCAAUGCUGUUUGGAAACGUCUUCCAAAAGUGGUGGCCAUUGGUCAAGGAUAUGGUCUAACAGAAACAAGCCCAGCUGUAAUGCUUUGUCCAAGAAAAAAUUGCAAGCCUGGUGCUGUGGGUGUUAUGCUACCAAACAUUGAAGGGAAAGUGGUUGAUGUCCAGACAGGCCAACCUCUCGGCCCAAAUAAAGAUGGAGAGGUCUGCAUCAGAGGACCUGUUGUUAUGAAAGGCUACUUGAAUAACCCCAAAGCUACGGAAGAGUGUAUAACUCCUGAUGGAUGGUUCCAUACUGGAGACAUUGGUUACUAUGAUGAAGAAGGCAAUUUUUUCAUUGUAGACAGACUCAAGGAGCUCAUAAAAUACAAAGGAUUUCAGGUUCCCCCAGCAGAACUGGAAGCACUCCUUCACACACAUCCAAAUGUACUAGAUGUUGCUGUGGUGGGAAUUCCUGAUGAGGGAGCAGGGGAACUCCCUAAGGCAUUUGUUGUCCCAAAAGGAGAAAUAACUGAGGGAGAAAUCAUCGAAUUUGUUGCACAGAGAGUUUCUCCCCACAAGAAACUUAGGGGUGGUGUGGAGUUUAUUGAGCAGAUUCCCAAGACAGCCAGUGGGAAAAUAUUGAAACGGGAAUUGAAAAAAUGAUGAUGUUAAUUGGAUUAUUGUCAAUUUGAUAGUUAUGAUAUUAAAAUUAGGUGCGAAUGAUACUUGUUUGUAUGAGCUGUAGAUAAUUUUCAACGUAAAGUUUAUCUCAAGUAAUAUUAUUUUCUAGCCCAACAUUUGGAUUAAUGGACUACAAGUAGGCAAAUUUAUCUUGCACUGUAAUUACCUAGGUAACACCCCAUAAAGGAAAAAUGGGCCAGUUUGUGAAAGGAUUAUACUGUAUAACCCAGUGGUUUCUGACAAAUACAUGUAUUUCUCUGGGAUAACAAAAUAGUCGGAAACUGCCUCAAAAUACAAUCUUUUUCUAGAGUAUUGUAAUUGAAAGUACUUGUAUUUCUUCAGAAUAACAAAAUAAUAGGAAACUGCCCAAUAAUAGAAUUUUUUUAGAUUGUUGUAAUUAAAAUGUUUUGCAAGAUUUCAUUCGGAGAGAAUUGCAAAAAAGGGCUUAAGUGCUUUAUUGUCUAGCAUUGUUGAUGCUGAAGGAAAAUAAAAUAAAUUAGUACUGUAAAAGCUGUUGCUGAGUGUUAUGCAGUUCAUCAAACCAAUAAUAAUGAUAAACUUGAAAUCGAAAACUCAACCCAUUUAUUCGCAGCG